ACCCUGGCAAAAAGGAGGGCAUAUCCUGUACUGCACCCACCGGGACCAGAACGCAUCCACACAAAGCAUCCGCUCAAUCCGAAGGCGACCACCCUUUCAUCGUCAAUGGAUGAGUACACUGUACAGUACUUUGACUGGCAGGACUGCAAUGUUAACUACCGAGAUAUAGCUAGCUAGACUCACAACGACCGACUGACUAGAAGAAGGCCAAGCUUUCCUCCUCGUAUGUUGUUGCUUUUGCUGUUAGCCAGGAGAAAAAGGCUCAAAGCCAGCGCAGAGAAUGUCAAAUCCAACUGCGGCAACCAUUCCUCGAAUCCUGAGGGAACGAUUUCGAUCAGGUCCCCGCUUUGGCUACUCCAACACCUUUUCGGACUACUUUUCUCAAGAUGAUGAUGUUGCAAUGGACUAUGUCAAAGGACUCUUGGCAUGUGGCUUGUUUAUUCUCAGUAUGUUUCUCUGCUGGGUGCUACUGCUGCUGGUCUUUAAAUGUUUGGGGCGCAAGAAGGUUGGGUUUCUGAGUGGGGCUCCCUUUCACGCCAUGGCCAGCAACACUGACAAUCAUGUGGCAGUCAAUCCAUGGAUUAGCAGGGGGCGGUGCAUUGUGGCCUUCUCGUGUGGUGCCAUGUUCAUUUUUGCCAUAUUAUUGACUACAGUUGGCCUUGGGAACAUUGACGUGACGACUACCACUAUUGGAGAUGGAGCCGUGAUGGGAUUCGAUUACUUUUCUAAUGCCCAGGGAACACUAGUAACCGCGGACCAAUAUAUGAGAGCUGCAGCAUCUACAAGAGACGAGGUAGUCGCAGAACUGAUUCAGUUCUUAGGCGCCUUGAGAGAUGCAAAGGAACAGUAUGAUGCUGGCAAUGUGGAAGAAGCUGCAAGAAUUACCAUUCAAGCAACGGAUGACCUUGGAGAUUUUCUAAGAGGACACCUAAUGGAAAUCAACAGGACUCUCAUGGAUGGACAACAAACUUGUGUUGAUGUCAAAGCCACCACAGAUGAGAUCAAUCUGCGUGGUGUUCAGUGGGGAGUAGGGCUCGUUAUGACAAUCGUGCCUACCCUCUUAUUGGGAUGUCUGUGGUGGACUGUGUCUCCACCGCCAAGGAAGCACCAGCAACAGAUGAAUGCAUGCAGGACCUGGUUCAUCGUUCCCCUCUUUUCAUUGUUGGUGGUUCUGUCCUUUGUUUUAUGCAGUGCUAUUUGCAUAGCAGGACUUGUGAAUGCGGAUUUUUGUUCUGGAGGUGAGGAUCUAAGUCCGGACUCGACAAUCUUGAAUGUCCUGAUAGAACAAGGAUCUGAUCCUGAUGGUUUGGAGUUUCGAGCCAUUGAAUACUUAGUGAGGCAAUGUGACGCUUUUGGGUUGGUCAGAGGGACGCCAUUGGCAGAUGUUGAAGGCCUGAAGAGAAGUAUCAACUCUACUCUUUUUGACAUCGGAUCCCUGAUGGAAGAAAUCACAGCCGUUGACACUGUAGCACUAUCACAACAGGUUGGGUACAAUGUAACAGUGGUACAGCUGCAAUUGCUACGACUUCGUCAGCCACUACUGGAUGUUCUGAGGCAUUUAGUGGAUUUUAUUCAUAGCUUGGCCUGCAGACCGAUCUAUGCGGUUUAUCACACUGUGGCUCACAAAGCAGUUUGCACCGAGUCCUACACAGGGUUGUUUUGGGUUUUCAUGUCACUGAUUUGGAUCUCUUUCUUUGGCUUGUUGGCUUUGACCUUCGGGUCUGCUCUUUACCCUGUUUUGGUACCUGAACCUUUCCUUUGGGAUCUGGAGCUCAAAGAGAAGCAAGAAGGGGUUGAUGAACAAGAUUGCAAUAAUCAGCUGGAUGGCAAUCACGUACACUCGUUUCGAGCUGUUUCCAACGGAAAAGACGAUAGCGACGUAGCACCAGUCCAUCAGCUGCACGAUGAUCAUGAACAAGCUUUGCAUGACGCAAAAGGAGACAACAGCAACUUAAAACUCGACAAAGAACCGGACGAUGAUCAUGAACAGAUUCUACAAGCUGCCGCCAUAGAGAACGCCCGAGAACCAGAGCCCAAUGGUGCAACUUUCUGUUCGGUAAAGGAGCCAGCCGGCUUCGUUGCAGAUAUCGUCAAUGUGGAAAGCAUGCCCAACGAAGGAGAAGCAACUGAAAAGCCGUUGAUUGAUCCAACCCAUCAAUCGCCGCAAGAGAGUGGUGCGCAAUUCGCAGAACGGGGGCACAGCUUUGAUAGUCAGGUUUCGAAUUCCCAGGCGGCAUUGGGAGAAGGAUCAGACGAGAACACUGAAGGCUUGCUCAAAGCAAGUGCUCGAGCUAUAAGUGCAGUUCCGCUUCGACUGGAAGGCACGCCAAGUGAGGGUGAAAACGAGCACGAUGUCUUCUUUUCCGUCAGAGAUUCCACUGCAGAUCCAAGGAGCAUUGAACCACGCCCGUCCUGGGAAUGGCCCUCAUCUCCGAUCAGUCCGCCAAGUCACGAUAGCGAACAAGGCGUUGAGGCGGUCUACUCUGGAAUGGAUCCAGAAGAAGAGGCAUCAGACUUACCCCAAGUGAAGGUUCACUCAAUAUUUUCAGGAAGAAUGCCUUCGUAGAGAGACGCAAGUGGCGAAGAUUCGUACGGGAAUGGCAGCGAACAGAACCGGAGGCAUCGAAUUACGUGUCAGAGCCAGGAACCUGCAGAAGCGCGGUUUGUGCGAGAGGCCAACUCUAGCUAGUGGUGUGCGGUUUGCAAGCCGCAUAACUGUCGAGAGAAGCGAAUCAAAACUGCAGCGGUUCUAUAUGGCGGAUCGGUCCGCAAAAGCCACAAAUUGAAGCCCGCCUCAAUCGAGUUGAUCUUCCAUGUUGCUAGCACGAGGAGACCUUCCGUUAUUCUCGUGUAGUCCCCAGUUUCCCUACGCAUCGACGAUCCCAUCGCAUCUUGGGCAACGAAGCGUCCCUCGCAGUUGAGCGCCUCAGGAAAGCCAGACCGACGUAAAACCAUCAUCGAGUGGUGGAAUCCGAAGGGCGACAUUCAACCUUAACCAAACUCGGCUGCGUCAGAAUGAUCGUGCAUUCAAACCACGACACAGGACGUGAAUAUCCGGAAGAACGCAUUUAAUGCACCGGCACGCCGUGGCUGUAACUUCGUCUACCACCGAGGACGGCGAAGGUUUGUCUACUCAAAACGAGCAGAUAGUCAUGGACUCUCAAAACUAGAAUCAGCAUUCUCUAUUAUUAGCUCCUUCCCUUUCUUGUCUAGAAAAAUAAAAAUGCUAAUGACAGCUGAUCAAUUCAGGACG